AUGGCUAGCCAGCAGUUGGUGAUUCAGGAUCUAGUCACUCAGGUGGCUACUCUCACCGCUGGAUUACUGUUACUUGAUGUUUCUCGCUCCAAAGGUGUGCAGGACCCUAUGGGUUUCCCUACUGCUUCUUCAAAGGGUUCUUCUCCUCUUCGCCACAAGCCGGUGCCAGUGAAGUUCGGUCAUUUUCAUGGUGACGUGCCGAAGGCAUGGAUCUUUCAGGCUGAUCGUUACUUCGACUUCUAUGGUAUUAUUAAAGAGGAGAAACUCAAUAUUGCCUCAUUCUAUCUUGACGGCAAAGCUUUGGAAUGGUACAGGCGGCUUUACCGGAACAAACAACUCAGCGAUUGGACCAUUUUUACCGAGAAAUUACGCAGCCGCUUUCGUAAAUGGCAUGUCCAGUCACCUGUCGGCCGGUUAUCAAAGCUCCGCCAGACUUCAACAGUGGCUGAAUUUCAGAGUCGUUUUGAGGCUCUGUUGAAUGAAACCAAUUCAUUGCCGGAGUGGUAUUUGGUUGAGGUAUUUCUAUCGGGCCUUAGAUUUGAUAUUUUGUCUUCUGUUACCAUUCAUCAGCCCACCACCUUGGACCAGGCCAUAACUUUGGCCCAUAUGCAUGAACAAAGGAUUUUAUCUGAAAAGGGGCCUAUUCGACCCGCUUUUGCCUGCGCUCAGCCCAUAUUACCCAAUCCUUCUUCACCCACCUUGCCUGCAGCUCCUUCUCCGGCUCUACCUACUCGGUUGCCUUUCAAACGCCUUACCACGGCGGAGAUACAGAAGGAUGAAAUAGCCUUACCAGAGAAUUUCGUUCCCGAUGAUCUUCUCGCUGAGGAGCUGCAGUGUUUGGAAGUUCAGAAGCACUCCUCGAUUUCAUAUCAUGCUUUAGCGGGUGGUGUUUCCUCCAAUACUCUUUGCUUUACUGGCCAUGUUAAUGAUUCACCGGUGCAAGUGCUCUUUGAUGGUGGGAGUAUUGAUAACUUUAUUCAAUCUCGAGUUGCUAAAUUUCUUCAGCUCCCCAUCGAGCCUAUUCCUCGUGUUUCUGUGAUGGUAGGCAGCGGCCAGCGACUAAGUUGUGAUGGUGUCUGUCGCCAAGUUCCCCUCUCCAUUCAGGGUUGCAACCUUACUAUGGAUUUCUAUGUAUUACCCCUCCAUGGAUUAGAUUUGGUUAUCGGCGUGUCAUGGUUGGCAACCUUGGGGCCGGUUGUCACUGAUUACGGUGCUCGAGUUUUUGAAUUCACUCUUAAUAACCAUCGGUUCACUUGGCAAGGUGACCUACCAACAGAUAUCCAACCUGUUCAAUUGCAUAGUAUCCGGCGUAUGAUGGCCACCGAUGCCAUAUCUUCCUUUUUCCACUUGGAAUUAGUUGCCGAACCUGUUAUGGCCACGGACGCCCCACCACCGGACUUAGGGGACUUAUUGGAUACCUUUGUUGGGGUUUUCCAAAAUCCACAAGGUCUUCCUCCGACUAGGCCGCAGGACCAUGUCAUUCAUCUAUUAGCGGGAGUUGAACCACUGAAUGUCAAACCUUACCGUUAUCCGUAUUUUCAAAAACAUGUUAUGGAACAAUUGGUAAGUGACAUGCUCAGAAAAGGGGUUAUUCGUCCUAGCACCAGUCCAUUCUCAUCGCCAGUCCUUCUAGUUCGUAAGAAGGACGAAACUUGGCGAUUUUGUGUAGAUUAUCGGGCAUUGAAUGCAGUCACAGUUCGUGAUAGAUUUCUCAUUCCAACUAUUGACGAACUGUUUGAUGAGUUGUAUGGUGCCCAAUUUUUCUCCAAGUUGGACCUCCUAUCCGGGUAUCAUCAGAUUAGAGUCCGACCUGAGGACCUGAAGAAAAUAGCAUUUCGCACACAUGACGGUCAUUAUGAAUUCUUAGUUAUGUCGUUUGGACUCUCCAAUGCCCCCUCAACCUUUCAAGCCACUAUGAAUGAUGUUUUUCGACCAUUUCUGCGUCGCUUUGUCUUGGUGUUCUUUGACGACAUCCUGGUUUAUAGCCCCAGUUGGUCGGAGCACCUAGAACAUCUUCGCGUUGUCUUGCAGGAUCAUAAAUUAGUGGCCAAGCGAUCCAAAUGCGUGUUUGGUCAACAAUCUGUUGACUAUUUGGGUCCGCAACCCCGUUCAAUGAAAGAGGUACGUGGAUUUCUGGGGCUCGCGGGAUACUAUCUUCGUUUCAUUUAUCAUUAUGCAUCUGUAGCAGCCCCUCUGACUGAUUUGUUGCGCAAAGAUGCAUUUCAAUGGUCACCAGAACAAUAG